CUCUCUCUCAGCCGUGUUAUUCCUCCUUAAAUCCCAUUUGCCAUUGUGCUCAGAGCUCAGUGUCCGCAUUUAACUUGGAUGACAUUUUGAUUUCAUCAUUACCCUCCAGACGCGUCCAUUCAUCAUCUAUCUAUCUAUCUAUCUAUCUAUCUAUCUAUCUAUCUGGGUUUAUCUUCUUGGCGUUAUUUGGAGCGCGUGAGGAAUCUUUAAAAGCUUCUUAAAAGCUUGAUAUUUUCCUCUCGAGACAUUUCUGGAAAGAGGGACUGGGUGUGUUUUUAUGGUGAUCCAAUGGCCGAGACAACGCCGGAGACUCGCCCGUUUAAAGACUCUCCGUUCUCCAUCAAAAAUCUGCUGAACUGCGAGAGCAAGCCCACUCUGAUCAAACCCAAAGCCAUCAUGAACUCCACCAAAGGACUGCUGGAGCACGGCUUCUCUCUGGCUCGCGUCGGAGACUUGAGUUUUCCGCGGUUUGAUCUGCCGGUGCAGAGGUUUGGAUUAGCGGCUCACUGGUGGUACCCGUAUGGACACUUACACAGAACUGCAGUGACAGAGAGGCCGGCGGUUAGAGACUCAUCCCCGGCGUCCGGUACAGACAGAGACUCACCGGAGCCGCGGCUCGCGCUAGAACCGGACGCCAAAGACGACGAGGAGAGCAAAAGCGUGGAUGAAAUCCUGCUGGAGGAAAGCGACACGGACGAGCCGAAGCGGGAUGACGCACCGGAAGCGGCGGGCGCGGCGGCGGAGAGCUCGGACAAGCGGCCGCCGUGCCGGAAGAAGAAGACGCGCACGGUGUUCUCGCGCAGCCAGGUGUUCCAGCUCGAGUCCACCUUCGACGCUAAACGGUACCUGAGCAGCGCCGAGCGCGCGUGUCUGGCCUCCAGCCUGCAGCUCACCGAGACUCAGGUGAAGAUCUGGUUCCAGAACCGGCGCAAUAAGUGGAAGCGGCAGCUGGCGGCGGAGCUCGAGGCGGCGAGUCUGAGUCACACAGCCGCGCGCCGCAUGGUUCCGGUUCCGGUGCUUUACCGCGAGGGUUCAGCCGGUGACACCGCCAGCGCCGCGUCCAGCCACGCCACAGCCGGCCAGCCGCUCCUCACCUUCCCACAUCCGGUCUACUAUCCACAUCCGGUGGUCGCCGCCGUGCCGCUGCUCAGACCCGUAUGAACACCGCGCGCGCGCUCGCGCUCAUCAUUCAUGAACGAUUUAUAACGCGCCACCGUCAUCUAAUGUUUCUAAUGAAAUAAAAUAAAGAAAGGAAGAAAAAAAA